GGGUCAAAUUCCACUUUACAUUUUUCCCGUGGCUCUGUGCACUCAGUGGGAUUACUCUGCAGUCUGACACUAAAGGAAAAGGAGAGCCACUAACAGAACACACGUUGGCAGCAUGUCUCUUCCACAACACCCGGCCGCCCACUCAAUCCCCGGCCACACUGUGACCCGGCUGGUGCGAGAGUGGCUGGCGGAGGACACGCCGAACUUUGACCCGGCAGGCGUGUGCGUGGGAACACAGGAAGUCUGGGCGAGUUUGUUGUGUAAAACACCUCACAGCGUGCUGGCGGGGAGCCCCUUCUUCACGGCGGUGUUCACCGAGGUGGGAUGCACCGUGGACUGGAUUUGCCAAGAAGGAGCUGAGAUCGGCCCGGAUGCUGUCACCCUGACGGCUGUGGUGAGAGGCCCGGCGAGCUGCCUCCUCCUCGGGGAGCGGCCGGCUCUGAACUGCCUGGCUCGGGCCUCGGGCAUCGCCACGCGCUGCUCUCAACUCCAGGCGACGGCGAAGGCGGGAGGCUGGCAUGGACGAGUGGCCGGCACGCGCAAGACCACCCCCGGCUUCCGUCUGGUGGAGAAGUACUCCAUGCUGGUGGGCGGCGUGUCCACGCACAGGCAGGACCUGAGUGGGAUGGUGAUGCUGAAGGACAAUCACGUCUGGGCGUCGGGAAGUAUCGCGGAGGCUGUGGAAGCGGCCCGGUCAGUGUGCGGCUUCAGCAGUAAGAUUGAGGUGGAGUGUCGCUCUGCAGAGGAGGGUCGACAGGCGGCCGGCGCGGGAGCAGACAUCAUCAUGCUGGACAACUUUCAACCUCAGGAGCUGCACGUUGCAGCCAGCGCACUGAAGGAGGAGUUUCCAAACGUUCUGAUCGAAGCCAGUGGGGGGGUCACGCCGGAGAACUUGGCUACGUAUUUCUCCCCACACGUGGACGUCAUUUCUCUGGGCUGCAUAACACAGGGCUGCCCAGUUGUGGAUUUCUCUCUCAAGGUUCAAAAGCCCGAACCGCAACGCACAGACAGUGUCGGGUUGAAUAAAAAGACGCUGUGAGAUUUUCUGGUUGUGAAAUAAUCCACAUCCUGUUUACUCAGGUUUUACCAGUCACCUGAGAAGGGUCAAAGGGGAAUAGAAACUAAACCAGAAACUAGACUUAACAUUUUUUUUGCAUGGAGAUGGAGGCUAAUAAGCAAUGUUUUGUGGCUGGGAGUCAAAACAACAUUACCACAGAGAAAUCUAUUAACUGAAAUCUCACAGACAUGCAAGACAGAAGGAAAAUCAAAGGGCAAUUAAAUUGAUAUGUAUGAAAUAAACAAUAUGUCGCAGUAUA